UGUUAAUAAAAUGUGUUCUGUUCCAAAGUCUCUUCUUUUGAACGGUGAAAAUUCGAACUCUCUAACCACAUUUCAUUCUCCAGAUAUUCAAAUAAAUGGUUACGGGCAUUAAAUUUUUAAAACGAUAGUAACAGUUUGAUUAUAUUUAGAAAAAAAAAGACUAUUUUAUAUGUUUUGAUACUUUUUUUCGUCAAGUGGUGAAACUAAAUGAGAGAUGUUUAUUGUAAAAACUUUUUCCAUGCAGAACUUAGAGUAGAGAUUUCUUUAUCUGUUUUGGAAUGAACGGAUUGAGUCAAAAACUUACGUUGAACCUAUGGUUUGUUUAUUCAACUUCUAAAUUUCGUAUUUUGUAUUUGCUUUUUAUACUAACAAGGAAAGUAACAGAUUAUUGGGUCUGAACGUAAAUUAUCUAUGACUAACUCUACAUUAUUAUAAUCUUAUCUCGAAUUCAGUAUUCAUUUAGUUUUUUUAAGCUGCUUUAUCCAAAAAGCAGUCUCUGCUUUGAUUAGUUGUGUUUUCUACACUUUUCAAUGAUAAUGUGCAAUGCACAAUAGAGACGUUUUUUGGAUACAGUUUAUUAUCUUUUAGGCACACACGGUUUGACAACUUUAAGAAUGGAUAAUGGAGAAAAAUGCGUAAUACCAAAACAAAUACUCCAGUCUCAAAAAAUUCAUGCCAUUUUGGAAUAUAAAAACCGCUGUGAAGAGGAUGAUUUCGAACCAUUUGGAAUUAGAAAAUUAUACGACAUCCUGAAUAGCAUUAAUCCAUCCGAACAGAAAGUACUUUCUGGUCUUGAUGAAUUCGUAACUGAAGGCGUGGAGGCCUGGGAUACACUGUCAGGCAGGAUUCGUAUCGUUCACAAAUUUGCAAUACCGCAGAAUGAACGAAAAUGUUUGCAAAAACAAAUUCAAGUAGCUGAAAUGUAUCAAAAGUCACGAUAUGCUGGACAUUGUUCAUUGACAUCAGACUGUGUCACACAUUGCAUAACAUUUGGUUUGAGUGAUCCUUCAAGCCCAGAUUUCGAAACUAAAUGCCAAUAUUCACAUACAACAAGUUGUUCGGAUUAUGUUAAUAUAUUUAAUGCAUUAGAUGAAAUCGAAAAAAAUAAUAAAAGAGAUAAAUGA